AUUGUCAAAAAUUUAGUUGCUCACUGGACAAGUGAUAAAAUUCUCAAUGAAUAAAGCAGUUUUUGUGAUUUUGCUACGUCGCAUUCUGUUCCUUCUCGUCGUUUUGAAGUUGGUUAACAGUUUCAUUCUCGUACUGCAGUCUGAGGAAUGCAGGAAGUACUACGCUUCCCACUUCCUCAUGCCUAUCACGUACGACGAAAAAGUUGCGGCCGCUUUUCAUUUCGUCGUAGAUCUCACUUAUAGCAUAUACACAAGUCUAGGUUUUACUUGUGUAGUACUAGGGAUAGCCGAAAUCGUCGGUGCUAUUUUCUGCCAUACCAAACCGGUGAUCAAUUUUGCAGUUGGAAUAUCAGCUUUGUGCAUAUUCUCGGCGGAAAUAAUAGCCGUAGUGGUUUUGAAGUACUUCGUGGACACUUUCGACGAAGCAAUCGAACAAACAACAACUGAUUUGUUUGACAGUGUUAACUUUGUUCAAGAGGAAGCUCGAACUCGUCUGGCGGAUUAUGUGACGUCUAGUGGGGAACAUUUUGUCUACAAGGAUGGAUGGAGUGUGGUUGGUCACGAGGACUCUACAAAUCAACGCUAUAUUGACUUUAUACAAACAAUAUUGAAGUGCUGCGGUUUAACCGGAAGAUUUUACUGGGCGGUACCACCACCGGUCAGUUGCUGUUCCGACGAAUACGAUCAUUCCAACUGCAGUUUCGCUGUUGCUAAUUUUCUGCCAUGUCUUACUCGGUACGAACGAUUUAGACAUUUACAGGCCAGACUACAAAUUCAAGCGAUGGUGUAUACCUUGAUGACUCUUGCCACUGCAAUCAUUUCUCUUUACCUGGCUUGCACAAAAAUAAAGUAUCUUAAGAAACCUUCUUCGUCUGACGACAAUCAACCGCAGUACCCAAAAUAA